CCAACCCAGGAUCGUCUUCUCGAUCUCAAUCUUCCCCCCUAUCAAACUCAUCAGAGUCUUCAUUAGGGCUCAUACUUUCUGGGAAAAAACUGUCGAAUUACAGCUCUGGCAAUCAAACUUCCUUUAUGAGUCAUUUAAGCUAAAUAAAAAGGUUGCAAUUUAGUUCUAUCAUUUUGAGAAAAAUGCAUUGCGAAGAAAUUCUGAAGGCUGUCUUCCCUUUCUUGGACGGCAGUGACCUUGCUACAUGCAUGUUAGUUUGCAAACAGUGGCGUGAAAUUGCACAAGAUGAUUACCUCUGGAAAUGUCUGUGCAUAAAGAAGUGGCCAUCAAUAUGCAAGCGCCCAUCCCCUCCCACUGAAACCUUCUGCAAGUUAUUCCAGACAUUUUAUAAGCACAAGGAUAGCAAAGUCAUUCUCCCUCCUAGAUUGUCUUUCAAUGACUUGGAAUUCUACAUUGACAUUUGGGCUGAAGAAAAGAUAAUUUACUCAGAAGUGAUACCGGGGCCUGUUCUCCGGAGGGGGGCAUGGGUCCCGCCUCCUGGCAUCUGCGAUGUUUUAAGGUUUCAUUUGGAAGGGCCAGAAUACAAGAUGACCAUUCCCGUAGAACCAAGGUUUACUGUUCCUUUGAGCCAGACAGUGAGUGUUUCGGUGCUGGUAGGGCGGAAGGAUAAGAAUAAAGUUGCUUGCAUUAUUAACAAAUCCAUUUUUGAUUAUGUGGACCGAACAGCAUACCGAGCUUUAGCAUACGACUAUCUCGAGUUCUCCUCUCCAGUUUGCUUAUUUGUAUCUGGCAUUCGGGCAUGGAUAUCAUUACUCUUCAUGGACCAUGGCAAAGAAGGGGUUACUGAUGUGGUUAUUGAUGUUUUUGGGAUUGAAAUGGAUUUCUGUGAUGCAGCUAAUUCAGAAGACGAGGUUUUGUGGCUUCUUGACAUGCUAGAUUGGAAGUGAGCUUGUGUGGCUUUCUAAUGUUUCUGCGAGGACCAUAGUUUUGACCCCCCUUUAUUCCAAUCCAAUGCUUGUAUGCUCUUCAUCAUCGAUGCUAUUGUGGGGCUAUAUCUGUGUAUAAAAUGUGAAAAAAAAAUUCUGUCUUCUAGUUCAUGCAGUCCUAGUUUUAUCUAUGCACCCGCCCAUACAAAAGAAGGCAAAAAUGUGAUCUUGUUUGUUGUCAUAGACCAACUUCUUUAUUUAUGAUGCAAUAAAAUUUCAAAUUUCUU